GCUUAACGUUCUUCAAAAGUUGCAGGUUAUGGUGUCAAAGGUGACAUAUAAGACAGGUAGAUACGACGCCGAAUGGGGGGAAAUAUCGACUGCAGUUCAACGACGUAGAUUUAUUGGCAUACAGAAAAUAGACAUGGAUAUUUUUUAUCACUUCCAGUAUUGAAUUACCACAUCUUUAUGUUGACUCGACGGUAAACUUUAUACAGUAUAUUUUUGAGGUUAAACAUUGCAAAAUGGCGGAUCGUCUGACACAGCUGCAAGAUACCAUAAAUCAACAAGCCGAACACUUUUGUAACAGCGUUGGCAUCCUACAACAGUAUUCAACACCUAGUAAAUUUCCAGGAUUUGAUAGAAUCGGAACACCGCAGCCACACCAAACCCAGGAAGAUUACGCUGCUCUAUUUGCUACACUGAUAGCCCGUUGCGCCAAAGACAUUGAUACUUUGAUUGAAAGUCUUCCAAGCGAGGAUUCAUCCCAAGAGCUACAAGUAGCAAGCUUAAGCAGACUUGAACAAGAGAAUCAAGAUGCUGGUGAGCAGUUGGAAGAGAUUGUAAGACAGGGUGAAGCCCUGCUUCAGAGGAUUCAAGCUGCACUUCAAGACAUUGCACAGAGUCAACUGGAUAUGCAAAACCCUGCUGCUACAGCGACAAUCAAUACAAAUCUAAACCCACACAUUAAUUUCAAGCAAGAAAGCUUUAGUAAUAUCAAUACCAUUCCUUCCAGCAACUCGCAUCAGCCACCUGAUCCAUCCCCCAACUCUAUGAGUCAGUGAUAUAGAAUUCGUUUCAUUUUGUGUAUAAGAAUCGUAAGCUAUUAAUGAAAAAUAAACACUUUUUUAUGCGUU